AUGGCACAACUGCCUACGCGGUUCCCAUGCUGGUGCCGGGCAAUAUAUUCUUGGGGUGGAGAAUCAACGAAAGAUCUGGGAUUUGUUGAGGGUGAUUUGAUCGAAUGCUUGAACGCGGGUGACGGACAAUGGUGGAUGGGUCGAUUGCGCCGGGACAGGCGCGCGGUGGGACUGUUUCCAUCCAACUUUGUCGAGCUUUUGAGUGAGGAUUUUGUGCCCGUGAGUCGCGACACCAGUCCCAUGGUGUUGGCCGGCUCUUCGCCCAUCAACAACCCCACCUUCGCCCCAAAAAAGCAAAAGACCGUAUGGCGAAAACCGUUCCAGGCGCACAAGGAAGCCUCAUCGCCAGCUGCAGUAGCCCGACGCGCAACUGAGUCCAGUCCAGCUGCGCCCGCAAUUCCACAAACACCACCUCGAGAUGGGGCGCCUCCGAGAAGCACGAAACCAUUGCGCACACACGCUUCAGCAGUAAAGAAUCAAGGCUCAGUUUCCAGGCCCUCGUCGGUGUCAUCCAGACCUUCCUCGCGUGGGAUUUCUCCCCGUGUCUCUGCAGAGCCUGAGAGAUCGCCUUCUUCAAUUUUACCGAGAGGAAGCAUUUCAUCUUCGCGACAUUCAUCCCGCGAGCCAUCUCCAUAUCAAGCGCAGGAGCGUCCGCCCACCAUGAUACCAAGAGGUAGUGUUUCAUCUUAUCGAACACUAUCGCGCGAACCGUCUCCUAUGGUCGCGCAGGAUCACUCAUCUGCUGUUGUUCCGCAUGGCAGUGUAUCAUCUUACCGGGCAUCAUCCCGCGAGCCAUCGCCUUUGCAAAUGCAGGAGUACCCACCCCCAACUAUUCCACACGGAAGUGUUUCCUAUCGUGGUUCAUCGCGUGAACCCUCUCCAUUACACAUGCAGGAGUAUGCUCCUGCGACUGUUCCCUACGGUGGGACACAAUCAUAUCAGCUUCCGUCCCGAGAGCCAUCGCCUUUGAUGAGACAAGAAUAUGCGCCGGCGCCUGUCAGUCAUGGGAGUAUCUCAGGAUACCGUGGUCCAUCGCGAGCGCCAUCUCCAUUACCUAUGCAAGAUCAACCUCCUGCCCCCAUGCAACAUGGAGGCUACUCACCGUACCGCCCUUCGUCUCGUGAUCCUUCUCCAUUACAGAUGCAGGAAGAGCGCGAAGAUUCUCCACCUCCGCCGCCGCCCCCACACCGAGUAGCUAUAAGCCGCGGCGAUUCCCACUCGCCUGCGCCCUCAAUGCAUUCGUAUACACGGAGUCCCUCGCCUCAGCCUCAAAUGUAUCAUUCACGCAAUCGUUCGCCACAGCCACCCGUACACUCCUCCCAGCGUCGGGCGGUCUCUCCGCAGCCUCCAAUGCAUCAAUCGCGGAGUCAUUCCCCGCAGCCUCCCAUGCAUGACCGUCACCGACGUACUCCCUCCCCCCAGCCACCUACCCGCUCGCGACAAUCGCGAUCGCCCGCUCCCCUGCCAAUGAAUGACCGCUACGUGAUAUUUGAUCGAACUCCAUCUCCAUCCGCAGCAUCGACGCGCUCUGCAAUUUCGGCGACUUCGGGGCAAUCUGAAAUGCACGGAAACACCCCGUCCCCUCUACGUGAUGCGAUGGAAGACGUGAUGACUUCAUUAGAGGACAUGGGUCUCCCGCGCGAUGCUCAGUCUCCUUCUCCUGCGCCCCAAUUCAAUGAUCCCUGGGCGCCAGAGGAAUUUGACACAUCGCAAGAACGAACUCCUCAGCCCAGUAGACGCCGGCCGCUAACAUCAAUGGGCUUUGAUGGGUAUAAAGCACAGCCACAGAGUGCAAUUGGCCACAGAAACAGCGUGUAUGAUCAUUAUGCGGACGGUCCGCCCCAGCUUAACAACUACGUGCAAAGGAUGGAGAGCCGUUUACGCCAAUUAGAAGACCAGAACCGGUCGUCUGAAGACCCUAAACCUGUCCCAGAAGACGACGACGGGCCUCCUCCGCCUCCUCCAAAACAUGCUACUUAUCACCCGCGAAACAACUCACUGCCUGGUGGAAAUUAUCCUCACUUGCAUGCCCGGCGUUCUGGCCACAAUCUUCGAGGAGACAUUCUCAACCGCUCGUUUACUAACAAGUCCAGUGCAACCAAUUCAUCCGCUGGGGUUCAGAGCAAUGGCACAUCGAUGACUGCUAGCACAGACAAGACCGGCCAGAGCGUCAUGAGUGGGUUCUCCGCAGGAGGAUUCAGCGCAACGAGCGCUGGUAGCUUUGCUCGACGCGGGGGGCAUGGGAGGCCGAGCACAGCCAUGGAUACUGUACGGUCUCGGGGCUUCAGCGAUGCACGCCCAGAAACGCCCUUUACUGGUGUUUCCUACCACUCCAGUCACAAUUCAUCCCGCCAAGGCGCGUCGUCAGCCAUUCCAUGGUCGUCCACUGUGGAUCAGACCGACCAUAGCGCAAUCUUUGGUGGUCUAUCUACCCCGAAAACCAAAAAACAAGGGUUUUUCAAGAAGAUAUUCGAAACAGCCAAGACCGGUGCAGCGAGUGCGAGGAGUAGCAUCUCAGCUCAUGGAGAUCGGUCUGGAUCUCCAAGCAAGAGUCAAAGAGGCAUAGAUGUGGUUUCACCUCUUCUCACGUCCCAGUCAAACCGCGACAAUGCCCGCGAUAUGCCUGGGACUAGCACUCUUGAUUGGGUACAGGUUCGCCGAGACGUCAAUCGUGCCUCCUCUCCCAGCCGAAAUGAAAGAGUCGAAAGAGCCGAGCGUUGUCAAAUGCAUGAUCACCCAGUGAUCUACUCGGUUGAGGAAUUGUAUGAUACUGCGGAAGGCGAGGAAAGUAUUGAUGGGCAGCCGAUCACCGAGCCCACAAAUUUCAAUGCAGCCAAUCUGACCCUGGUCGACAAGAGCGCGCGUUUCAUAAGCAGUCUUCCGCCGUUGACCAACCCCAUGAGCCUUGCCCAAUCCUACAUCUGCCGACCAUACAAGAGCGAUGUUCAGCGCCUGCGGGCUAUCUUCACAUGGGUUAGCGAGAAAAUCUCGUGGGAGGAGCCAGUUGAUGGUUUGGAAGUCGACAUGAAAAGACUUCUGCAGGCCAAACGUGGAACUCCAGAAGAGAUCGCGUUACUAGUUCAUGAAAUGUGUGCUGCUGUCGGCCUUCACACCGAGAUCAUUCGAGGGUUCCUGAAGGGUCCCGGGGAUGUUCUAGAUCUGGACAGCCUUUCCCGUCCAAACCACUGGUGGAACUCAGUUCUUGUCGACGGCGAAUGGCGUUUUAUGGAUUGUGCACUUGCCAACCCCACAAACCCGACAAGGAGCAAGUUUGUCACCAACAAUUCUUCUGUGGCAGAGAGCUGGUACUUCCUCGCACGUCCCCUUGAGUUUUGCUAUACACACGUCCCGCAAUACCCCGAAGAACAGCACAUCUGCCCGCCAAUCUCACCAGACGUUCUGCUCGCCUUGCCAACAGUGUGUCCGCCAUUCUUCAAGCUGAACGUUCAAGUACCAGACUAUGACACUAGCCUUCUCCGCAUUGAAGGUUUAGAAGUCAUGCAAAUACGUAUGGUGAUGCCUCCGGACGUGGAAUGCGCUGCAGAGGUCGAAGCGCCUGCCUUCGCCCGUGACGCUGACGGCGAUGUCUUUGAAAGUGGAGAUAUCGUGCGCAAACGUGCAUUGGUUCAGCCGGACUGGUUCCGAGGCCAAAAGCGCAUCACUAUCAAGGCUGUUCUUCCAGGCGACGAGGGUCAGGGUGUGCUCAAGAUCUAUGCUGGCAAAAAGGGUCUGAUGCACACCAGCCGGGAUAUUCCACAUCCUCUGGCACUGGCCUUGCCCAUGAUCCACACUGGCGAGAAUCCCUCUUAUGACUUUGUGCUUCGUCAUCCCACUCCCCACGCGCAGAGACAUGACUUAUACAUCAUGCAACCUCAGUGCUCACGCCUGGCGGUAAACAAUACUUUUGUUUUCGCUGUCAGACAGCACCCCGCUACCCCUGGUUCCGCGCAAGACGAGAAAUCUUCAAAUGGUCGUGGAUCGCCAACCUCUGUCUUCAAUCGUCCUUCCAGUGCCCUGAGUAUGGUAUCCAGCACUGCAGGCGGAUCUACUGUCUCCGGGGCGUCGAAUGAAUUCUCCGCAUCGACUUCAGCUAUUUCAUCGGGCAAAUCCACCUCGGGACGAGAUAAGGCAGCUAAGCUGGCUAUCCAGUCUCCAUCUGGGAAGAUUCUUCGUCUCACUCGCAAGGCUGAGCAUAUGAUCGGCGGCGACACAGGUGCUGAAACAGUUACCGAUGCUGCUGCCGAAGGCAGUGUAUGGGAAACCGUCAUCAAGAUUGGUGAGCGUGGUAUGUGGCGCGGCCUGGUGCUCGCCGAUCGAGCUGCCAGGUGGUGUGUAUUUUGCGAAUGGGAGUGCGUUUGA